AUGCGUCGCUUCCAGAUUCAAGUGGCACCCGCCGCUGUCGCUAGUUGCAUGCUUACCUCAUUCUCAAAUCUCACCCCAAGAGCUCAAGCAACCGCAACGGAGAAGUCAAACGCCAAAAACAUGCCUGUGGCACGCGAGCUGAUGAAGGCGUACUGGGAAGGCCACAGCUCGAGCGCCACAGUGGAAACCAUGAUGCUCGACUCCCACGCCAAGACGCUGACCGAGCUGGAGCUCCCCGAGAUCCUAAACAAAGCCCCUUGCUUGGAAAACAAGGAUGUGCUGGAGCUUGCCGCUGGUAUCGGUCGGUACACGUCCGUCAUUGCCACAAAGGCCAAGUCGGUCACGGCAGUGGAGUUUAUCGAGGAUUUCAUCAAAGUGAAUGCGGACAACAACGGCCACCUGGGGAACAUCAAGUUCUUGUGCAAAGACGUCGUCAAUCUCGAGGCAGAGCCGAACUCUUUCGAUGUGAUCUUCUCCAACUGGAUUUUAAUGUACAUGGAGGAUGAGGAGGUCAAGGCGUUCGCAAAGAAAGCAGUCAAGUGGCUACGUCCCGGUGGCAAAUUAUUCUUCCGCGAGUCGUGUUUCAAGCAAUCCGGCGACUUCGAGCGAAGUCCAAAUCCCACCCACUACCGUCAUCCGGGAUUCUACAUUGGCGCCUUUGGCUCUGUGGUGUCAAAGGAAGAGAAUCGGGAUCUUGGGUACUUUAACCUUGAGUCGUCGGGUAGUGUCGCCGUCUACCGCAAGAUCAAAAAGAACAACGGACAGGUAUAUUUCAGCUACACAAAAGCCAUCAAAGAAGGAUCUUCCGAGGAGGAUGUGGCCACUUUCCAGAAGUUCCUCGAUGAGCAACAAUACUCCAACCAGAGUAUCACUCGUUACGAGAAGAUCUUUGGAGAGGGAUAUGUGAGCACUGGUGGACAGACUACUACCACUGAGUUCGUUGAGAAACUCAACCUCCAACCGGGUGAGAGGGUGCUAGAUGUGGGCUGUGGGAUCGGCGGAGGUGACUUCUACAUGGCCCGCCAGUUCGGCGUCUCCGUUGUGGGUAUCGAUCUCUCCACCAAUAUGGUUCACCGCGCUCUUGAAACGUCCAUGAAGGACCCAAGUGUCGACGUGGAAUUUGAGAUCUGCGACGCCACUAAGAAGGAGUUUGCCGACGCUUCCUUCGACGUCGUGUACUCUCGUGACACCAUUCUGCACAUUGAGGACAAGGAAGCAUUGUUUGCCAAGUUCUUCCGUUGGCUGAAGCCUGGAGGUCGUGUCCUCAUCUCGGACUACUGCCAAGGCGAGCAGGAGCCUUCGGACCGCUUCAAAGCGUAUGUUGCAGGUCGUGGAUAUUAUUUGUUGUCCCCGUCUCAGUACGGUAGAGUGCUGGAGUCUGUGGGGUUCACAUCUGUCCAGGCUGAAGACCGUACGGAGCAGUUUGUGGGGGUCUUGAAAGAUGAGCUGACUCGCACACUGGCACAAAAGGAUCAGUUUGUUGCGGAGACGAGCGAGUCGGACUUUAAGUACAUCGUCGAUGGUUGGGAGGCCAAGAUCGUUCGUUGCGGGGAGGGCGACCAGAAGUGGGGUCUCUUCUACGGCAAGAAGGAGUAG